UUUCGACCAAGGAAAUUUAAUUUAACCUUGAAGCUUCAUCAAACACCGCUCACCAUCAACCAUCAAAAUGCCUUCAGUAUACAAUAAGGAGAAGCCAUGGGAUACUGGUGAUAUUGAUAAAUGGAAGGUAUAUCUUCAAAACUUUGCAACCUUUUCAAUUACCUGGAUUCAGCGCAAUACUCACACAUACCAACUAGAUUGAAGCAUUCACGCCUGCUGACAAUGUCGGUGGUACUUUCGCAGAAGAAUCCUCCUUCGUGACCCUUUUCCCAAAAUAUCGCGAAGUAUACCUUAAAACCGUCUGGCCACUUAUAAUGAAAUCGCUCGAGAAAUUUGGGAUCGCUGCGACUCUUGAUUUGCGCGAAGGUUCUAUGACGGUCAAAACCACUCGAAAGACGUACGACCCAGCUGCCAUUCUUAACGCCCGAGACCUUAUCAAGUUACUUGCACGGAGUGUACCUGCACCGCAAGCGAUCAAAAUCCUUGAGGAUGGUGUAGCAUGCGACGUCAUCAAAAUUCGAAACCUAGUUCGAAAUAAGGAACGAUUCGUGAAAAGAAGACAGAGAAUCUUGGGUCCAAACGGGAGCACUCUGAAGGCACUAGAACUCCUCACAGAAUGCUAUCUACUCGUUCAGGGCAAUACUGUAUCAGCAAUGGGUCCUUACAAAGGUUUAAAAGAGAUCCGACGAAUCAUUGAAGAUUGCAUGGCCAACAUUCACCCUAUCUAUCACAUUAAAGAAUUGAUGAUCAAGCGAGAGUUGGCUAAGGAUCCUGAGUUAGCGGGGGAGAGCUGGGACAGAUUCUUGCCGCAGUUCAAGAAGAGGAAUUUGAGCAAGAGAAGAGUGCCUAGAAACGUUACAGACAAGGCCAAGAAAGUUUACACGCCAUUCCCACCAUUACAGGAGAAGAGCAAGGUGGAUCUGCAGAUUGAGAGUGGAGAGUACUUUUUGGGCAAGCAGGCAAAGGAGAGAAAGGCUCAAGAGGAGAGGAUAGAAAAGCAAAAGGAAGAGAAGGGAGAGAAGAUGAGGAAGCGAGCCGAGGAAUUUGAGGCGCCAGUUGAGGACGGGGAGAAGAAGGAGAAGAAGAGAAAGAGAGACAAGGAUAGUGGGGAGAAGAAGGAAAAGAAGAAGUCGAAAAAGAGGAAGAGCAGUGAUGCGGAUGGUGAUAUCGAUAUGGCCGAGGAUUAAAGAUAAUUAUUCAUGGAACUUAAGGAUUGUAUACUUAGGCGCAAUCGGGAGUUUUCUGUGGGAAAAGCAUUCAAUAUAGUUUUGUAUGUGGGAGAUGGAUGAUGUAUCUGUCAAAAUAGGGUCUGUAAACUCAUACCAAACCCAGUUAUUUUUUACAUACUCGGUUCAAGGGAAUGGCCUUUUCAUUGUAGGUAGUCUUUGUGCCGAUAAUUGAAUGAAUCGUGAAGAAAGAUUGACACAGAUAA